AUGGAGCUUCUAAAGCAGAAGAGAGUUCAAGAUCAGCUCAAAAUUGAGAAAUAUAGACAGUUGACCGACACUGUCCUGGGGCUGAAGGAUAAAAGGGAGUUCACUAUUGAGUCCUUGAAACUCACCACUAACUUAUUGGAACUCAAUCCCGAAUUCAAUGCUGUUUGGAACUAUAGGCGUGACAUUAUAGUGGAUCUAGGCGAGAAGCUCGAGCCAAAAUUCUGGGAAGAUGAACUGAUGUUUGUAAUGGCCCAAUUGAAACGAUUCCCCAAGGUAUAUUGGAUUUGGAAUCAUAGACUAUGGACUUUACAAAACUAUCCUGGUGCCAGUGUGAAGAUAUGGGGUCGAGAACUUGUAAUUGUGAACAAAUUGCUUGACGCUGACGCUAGAAAUUACCAUGGUUGGCAUUAUAGAAGAAUAGUGGUUUCCCACAUGCAAAAGAUGACAGGCAAUGAUAUGAACAAGGAAGAACUGGAAUACGCUACCACAAUGAUCAAAAGCAAUAUAUCAAAUUUCAGUGCCUGGCACCAAAGAGUCCAACUUAUACAAAAAAUGCUAGAGAAGAAUGAGAUUGAGGACAAAACAUUAUUUAUUGAGAAAGAGAUUGAUUUUGUUACCAAUGCAAUGUUUACAGAUGCUGAAGAUCAAGCUGUAUGGUUCUAUAUCAAAUGGUUCAUUAGGAGUGACUUAGUUCUGAAAGUAUUGACAAAGGAGAGGUACCUAGAGAUGUUAAAAACAUUUUGGGAAAAUAUAACAAUGAUUAAUGAAGACGAGCUAGAGUUUUCUGGCAAAGAAAAUACGUGGUGCUUGAAAUUACUGCUGGUUAUACAACAGAUUCAAAAGUCAGAAGGUAUUGAUAUAGAAGAUCAUACUAAAAUUUACUUAGAAAAGCUAUUAACGGUUGAUCCGUUGAGGAAGAACAGAUACAAGCAUUUAUUGAAAUUAGAAUGCUAA